CCACAUGGGGGCAGGCUGUAUGUGAUAUUGGAAGUGCCUGGCGGAAGGGGCUGGGUGCCAGUCUCUCUGGUACACUGGCUAACCAUUGGAUACACAUCUGAUAACAGCUCAGUUGUAUGCAUGGGGCACAGUUGGGGCACAGGGCUGCUGUACCAAUCCCCACACACACACCAUACUAUGAGGUUCUGUAGCUGCCAGACACCGUUCCAAGCAAUUGUUUCCUCUCAUUCAAUUCUUCCCGGAAGUGGCAGGUUUAGGCGGGAAGUUCCAGUUUGAGGCGUUCCGGGCGCUUACUGAUGAUGUCAGAAUAGUGCCAGCCAAUGGGGUUGCUCGCUGAGCGUUGUUCGGGAGCGCGCCUUGUGUGGGAUUGGCAGUUGGUUGGUGCGCGCUCCCGUGGGGCAGGUUUGCGCGGGAAAUUCUAUUCUGCUUGUGGCUCCGGCUCCGGACUGGGGGUGUCGGUAUGAGCCGCUGUGUGUGACUGAGCGUACCGGGGAGAUGGUCGGGAUACUCGCUAUGGCCGCGUCCCUGGAGCAGUAUGGAUGCCAGCCGUGCAAGAAGCCGAGGAAGGAGGAGGAGGUGGCGGCUCCCAUCAAAACCAUCACAAACUAUUUCUCCCCAGUGUCCAAGAGCCAAGAGAAGGUGCUUUCAUCUCCCAGGUCCAACAACAUAGCAGACUACUUUAAACGAAAUUCUCCCACCAGUGACAAGGAGCACACUCCAAAAGCCAAAAAGGCAGCUAGCCAGCAAGACACCCCUCCGGCAGCCAUCACCGAAUCUACAGGAACAAGCGGCAGGCCUUCCAGGAGCAGGAAAAGGACUAAUUUAGCUAAGAAACUGGGUGGGGUGAAGCCAAGGACGGAGUGUGACCUUGCCAAGAGCCAAGAGCCAGAGAGUGAGAAUGUUUGUGGCAAAACUGGCUUCAUGGGUAGCGAUACAGCCGCAUUGCUUGCUGAGAUCUGCAGUAACAAAUGUGACCUUCAGGAUGGGCUUGUGGCUUCCACCACUGCUAGUACCCCAGGAGUAAAUGAUGCUCUACAUAAUGCUGCAUCUAAUACCAACAUUCAGUCCAAGCUACGGAAAGCCAAACAGGCAAAAGCUAAAGAGGCCCAGCCGGUGAUGCAGGACUGUGAGGCACAGAAACCACUCGUCACUCCGCUCACGUCUCUGGACAGCACCGGCGAUGCUAUAGACUCAAGCCUGGAGGUAAAUGUAGGGGACAGCUUACAUGGAAAGGACAGUGUUUUGGUUGUUUCUUUUGAAGAAUUCAUAAAAAGUCAGGGGGAAAAGGAGGCAGAAUCAGCUUUAGAGGGAAAUGAUAUAACGUCCAGUCUGUCAGGAGAAGAUGUUCCAAAUGAGAACCCUCUGAGAAACGAGAAAUGGGCCCAGAAGCCUUCUCCUAAAACUGUAACUGUACACGCUCAGGUUCAUGUCUCUCCUCCACUGUCCCAUUCCUAUUCAGCCACAACAGCGACAAAAAAAAUCGCCUCCAUUUUCCUGAAAAAAAAAGAAUCCGAGGUGGAUAAAAAAGCAGCCGAGCCUGUUUGUGAGCAAGAGCCUGCUGAUCUCGUGGUACAAAAACGCAAAUCAAACGUGGUUAUCCUGGAGGAUGACUUGGAGUUAUCAGUGGUGGAAGUAGAAAACAUCAAUUACGCUAAGCACAAGAGCACUGUGGCUGAAAGGCAGCAGUUUAUGAAAGCUUUCAGGCAACCCGGGGAAGCAGGGAAAAGUGCUGGCAAGAAAUCUCUCAAGAACAAGAAUCCAGCUGAGGUUUCUGCACAGGAUGGGCCUGAUGAGGGGCAACAGAGGGCAUUGGCCAAUAAGGGAGGAUCUGAAGGGCAUCAAACCAACCAGGGUGCCGAUGAUCAUGAAGAAACCCUGGCUGUUAAGGCAUUUACUUCAAAGACUGCAGGAAGUGCUGCCCCUAAACCGAAAGGCAAAAAGCUAAAAGUGCCCCGUGGCAGGGUUUCUGAGCCUUCCGAAUGCCCGGCUAGUGCCAUUAACCUGAGAAGGAGUUCAAGGCUUCGCACAUGUGAGACACCUGCUCUAAACUCACCAGCCAAGGGACAUUCCAUGACUGACCUUCCUUUACAAAUGUCCACCCCAAAAGGAAGAGUCCCCUGCCGGAAAAGUGAUAUUUACCGUGCCGAGGUCAUUAGUAUAUCCACAGAGGCAGAUAGUCCCAUCAGAAUGAGAUUUACCCGCCUUAGUUCCAGAGCUAGAGGAAGAAAUCAAAGCUUUGGGCCAGAUGAUCUAUUCACCCCAAGAAGUAACCAGGUUUUGGCUAGUUCCAAAAAAAUAAAGAAGGCAAAGAAGCUGCUCGAGAAAGCAAAAGCCAUUCAGCAGAAUAUUGGCAAGCCCGAGACCCCCAGGAGACUGUCGGCAAGGCAAGCAGCACGUUCUGCAGACAAGAAAGCUUUGCAGGGAUCCAUAUUGAUUGAGGAUGAUGAGACCCCGGAAACAUCUUGCAAGGACCGUGAACUGGGAAGGAGAAACAGCCUACGGAGUGUUAAUGAUGUGUUGGGAAAGAGAGAGAAAAUUCGAAAAAACUCAAAUAUAUUAACUGGGCAAAGUAAAUGUUCAGGAAAGAAACUAAAGAAGCACCCUUUAAUCACAGUCAUCGACGACAGUCCAGAGAUUUCUGAAAACUCCCUCGAUGAAGAGCACUUCCGAGCGAAACGGGAAUUCCUCAUGAGUGGCUUGCCAGACUCCUUAAAGAGGCACAUUGCAAAAACGACAGCACUUAUGGAGGCCUAUGCUCUGUCUGGCUCUUCCUUUCAGACUCUAGUACACGUGCAGCAAAGAAACGAUAGCCAAAUGUGGGACAUGCCUCCCUGCCUUCAUCUUGCUGGCUUAGGGGACCGGAGCCCUGCUGUGCCUGAUGUUGCCAAGCUGACCAUGUCCCUCGGCGAGUUUACCUGUGUGAAGGCCAAGCCUGCCGCCCCCGUGGCUGCUCCUCUGGUUUAUAAAAGGCCGGUGUUUUCUGAUGCAGCCAGAGACCUACUUUUAGAGGAAAUUCGCUUUAGUAAUCCUCAGUUUCCCGUAAAGAGGUUUCUCUCCAUAUUUCUUAAAAAGCAAAGUGAUUCAGUUGCCCUUUUGGACUCUCACAAGCCAGGAUUUCAGCCCCAGAACUCUGUCGCUGGCAGCAAAGUAACAGAAGUAAUUCUUUGGGAGAAUGGAACUCGGGGCAAGAGGAAAAGAAAAGAUUCUCCUGGCAAUAAGCCCAAAAGGAAAAGAUCUGAUGGGAAAGCUGCUGGGCAGAAUGAAAUCUGUGAUUUAACGUCGUCUCCAGACGAGGCUUCCUUGCAACCUAGUACCCAAGCUGAGACCCGCGCUCCUGUUCAGAGGAGGCAAAAGUGUUUGGAGCACAAAACUACCUUAGAGCUGGAUAUACUUGCCCAAGAAAGGAAACCUGCUUCUACAGAUGCUGUGUGUGACGAUGUCCUGUGGACAGAGAAGUAUCAGCCGCAGAAUACUAGCGAAAUGAUUGGCAAUUCUGCAGCCAUUCAGAAGUUAUAUAGCUGGCUUAAAGACUGGAAAGUCAGAGCCGACAAGGAGGAGAGAAGUCAGAUGCAAAAGACAGAGAAAGAGAAAUCGGACACCUGGGAGCAGAGUGACUUUAUGACGUUGGACUCCGAUAGCGAAGAGGAGUCUCUCUGUAACACAGUACUGAUCACAGGCCCUCCCGGAGUGGGUAAAACAGCAGCAGUAUAUGCAUGUGCCCAAGAGCUUGGCUUCAAGGUAUUUGAAGUAAACGCAUCAUGCCAGCGCAGUGGGAGGCAGAUCUUGGCACAGCUAAAGGAAGCCACACAGUCUCACCAAGUGGAUCAGCAAGGGGCGAACUCCCACAAACCAUGUUUCUUUAGCAGUUUCAGCUCCACAAAGUCUCCCAGAAAACUGAACUCUCCAAAGAAUGUGGUUUCAUCCCCAAGGAAACCGCCGGCCUCGCCCAGAGGCACAGGACUUAGAAAAGGGCUGGCACCAAAGUCUCUGGCAAAUUUUUUCAAACCGCCUGCUAAUAAGAGGACCGAAGAGAAACCCAAUGCUGCAGAGGCUUCUAAAGGAGUUGCCAAGGGUACGCUCAGACUGAGGGAAGCCGAAACUAAGCCACAUAAGAGUCAAGAUGCAACUGCAGAAAAAGAAUCUGGAUCAGAGGAAAAACACAGAAAAUUUGCUACCUCACUUAUUCUAUUUGAAGAGGUAGAUGUAAUAUUUGAUGAUGAUGUUGGAUUUGUGAGUGCGAUCAAGACUUUCAUGAGCACCACAAAGCGGCCGGUGAUUCUCACCACGAGCGAUCCUACAUUUGGCUUCAUGUUUGAUGGCAUCUUUGAAGAUAUUCAUUUUAAAGCCCCUUCAAUGACCAAUGUUGCCACUUACUUGCAAGUUCUUUGCUUGGCUGAAAACCUCAGAACAGAAACAAAGGAUUUUCUUACAUUUCUAUCUGCCAAUAAGUGUGACAUCAGGCAGAGCCUUCUCCAUCUGCAGUUUUGGGCCAGUAGUGGGGGGGGCGCACUGAUAGAAAAGCCACCGCCGCAACUCUGCCGCCAGCAGGGCGGCCCAAUCACUGAGCUCCCAACAUGCAACAUUGGCUGCACAGAGAGUUUCAUGGGUCUUAAUAACAUCAUUUCACCGACAGAGGGUCUUCUGUCCUUUAUAAAGAAUACCCAGAAACAAGAAGGGAAUGUGCUUCAGCAGCUGCUUACUGAGUUCCAGUUGAACAAUGUGUAUUUUACACUAAGCAAUUUGGAAUUCCUUCUUCCACUGCCAGUUCAUGUUGGCCCACCAGCUGUGCCCCUGGAGAGCUCAGAGUGCCCCCCAGCAGGGCUACAGCAGAAUGGCACGGCUGAUGAGAGCCCAAUGAAAAUGUCGGUGCAGAUGAAAAAGAGAAAGAAGCUCCUAAUCCUGAACGACAGUGAUUUGUUUGAUAGUGACUCUGUGGAUGAAAUAUUUAGCUUGGUAUCUGGUGUUCAAUCCCAAAAGGAGGCAGAACAGAAAGGCCCCCCUGUAGCUGAUAGAGGGGAAUGUGGGGCACACCCUGCCUCUGAAAGGCACAGACAGGAGGGGCAGAAGGCCUCAGUGCACCACUGCCUGGGCUCGCUUGCAGACUUUGUGGAUAAUAUGUCCCAGAUAGACUGCUUUACAUGUAAUCCCAUGGACCGAGCAGAGCUUUGUAAUGGCAACUGGACUGAAAGUCGGAUAAAAGAUGGUUUGUGUGAUGGGCUCAGGCUAGAGACCAGGGACUGGAGCAACAGGCAGAGCUCUGGGGAAGUCAGAGCAACCAUAGAAGCUCUUGCCUUUCAGAAGUGUUUGUCUAACCUGUCGGCAGCCAUUGCUCCAUCACCGGAAACCUGCACAACAUCCAGCCACCCCCCCACUGAGGCACUCACUCUGCACGUGUCUGAAGAGAGGGGUAAUGUCUGCUUCUGCCAGGGGGAAACCAGCUCCAGUGUGGCAGAGAAGCGUCUGGCUGUGGUUCGGACAGUUCUGUCCAGCAGAUCUUUCUUCAGUCUGGGCAACAGGCAGUGCAAUGUAACGGAGUACCUACCCGCCCUGCGCUCUAUGUGCCGCUCCCAACGACUGAAAGAGCAAGAGAAAACUAAGAGAAGGUUUCUCCAUUAUUUUGAAGGCAUCCAUCUAGAAUUAUCUAAAGCAACAGUGAGCAGCCUGGCAGCAGCCUUUCCUUAAUGUGUUUAACUGUGCUGGGGCAGUCGGUGCUACACAUUCCCCUCAAACUGCCACCCAGUGGGACUGCUGUAGCGCCUUCCGGCGCCCAAUAGCGUGUGUGUGUGUGAUUGCGCCAUAACGUGCGGCUCCAUUGCGGGAGGUCUCUCUGUGGCUUUGGAAUUGUAUCAGAGAGAGCGGAGCCUCCGUGUUACUAAUUGUAAUAACAGUGUUGGGUCAGUACCAAACAAGGCCGGGCUCCUAUAUAUGGCAGGGCACAUACUCUGUACUAUUCCAUGUUGGAACACUAUAGUGAGCUGUGUGCCCGCCGGCUGCUAAUAUACUGAGGUGAGUGCACUGUGUAUACAUGUAAAUUUCCUUUGUACAGUUUCUAUAGCAGCUCCCUGCUGGCUCUCUGCCUGGGCAACCCUGUAUCAUACAAAUACAUUUUAUCUAAUCAUGUGCAGCCUUUUUAAUAAUAUUAAAUGUUUUACAAAAUAA